GCAUGUGUCUUAAGGAGGAAGGUGGGUGGGUAAUUCUGCCACAGAGGAGCUGGCCUCCGUCAACUGUGCUGCCGGCCUGUCUAGGGGACCUUCACAGCUGGGACCAGGACACUUCACAAUUGUCCCCUUUGCAGGGAGUUGAAAUCAGCAGGAUUCAUCUGCCAUUUCAGACCCUUUGCUGCUACCUUCCAGGUGGCCCCCACCGCUGAAGAAAAUGGUGGAUUUCCCAGUCUUCCUGGACCCCUACCAGCAAGUACGGCUGUCCCGCAGUCUCGUCUUCCUCGCUCACCUCCUCCACCUCCUCCUCCUCCAGCCGGGGGAGGUGAACUCAGAGAACUUCACGGUGGUAGGCCCUGGGGAAUUCGUCCUGGCGCACGUCGGGGAUGAGGUGGAAUUCCCGUGUCACCUGUCGCCGUACCUGGACGCCGAGGACAUGGAGAUCCUCUGGUUCCGCAGCCAGGCCGCUGACGUGGUGCACUUGUACCAGGGGCGUCGGGAGCUCUACGGCCAGCAGAUGGCGCAGUACCAGAACAGGACCGAGCUGGUUAAGGACGACAUCGCGGACGGCAGCGUGAGCCUGCGUCUCCACCGCGUCACCCCCGAAGAUGAGGGUACCUACGGGUGCGGCUUCUCCUCCGGCGACUUCUCCGGGGAAGCGAUCUGGGAGCUGGAGGUAGCAGGGCUGGGCUCGGACCCUCAUAUCUCCCUUGAGGGCUUCAAAGAUGGAGGCAUCCAGCUAAGGUGCACUUCCAGUGGCUGGUACCCCAAGCCGCAGGUUCAGUGGAGAGACCAUCAGGGACGCUGCCUGACUCCGCAGACUGAAGCCAUUGUCAAGGACGCCCAAGGCCUGUUCAGGCUGGAAACAUCUGUGAUCGUCCUAGAGGGGACCCACAACAACGUGUCCUGCUCCAUCCAGAACUCCUUCCUGGGCCAGAAGAAAGAGUUUGUGGUCCACAUAGCAGAUGUAUUUUUACUUAGAACAUCCCUCUGGAAGAGCAUUUUCUUCGGGACUCUGGUGGGACUGCUGCUACUCCUGGCUCUCCUCACAAUACUGGCGCUAUGCUUCUUUGAGAAGCAACGGAGGUCUCAAGAAAAGCUGAAGAAGCAGGCAGAGAAAGACAAAGGGAAGCUUCAAAUGGAGCUUGACUGGAGAAGGGCAGAGGGCCAAGCUGAGUGGAGAGCAGCCCAACAACAUGCAGUGGACGUGACCUUGGAUCCUGGCUCCGCCCACCCCAGCCUGGAGGUCUCAGAGGAUGGCAAGAGCGUGUCCUCCCGCAGGACGGCGCCGGGCGACCCUCAGCGCUUCUCCGAGCAGACGUGCGUGCUGAGCCAGGAGCGCUUCUCCCGGGGCCGCCACUACUGGGAGGUGCACGUGGGCCGCCGCAGCCGCUGGUUCCUGGGCGCGUGCCUGGCCGCGGGGCCGCGCGCGGCGCCCGCGCGCCUGAGCCCGGCGCUCGGCUACUGGGUGCUGGGGCUGUGGAACGGCUGCGAGUACUUCGUCCUGGACCCGCACCGCGUGGCCCUCGCCGUGCGCGUGCCGCCCCGGCGCGUGGGCGUCCUCCUGGACUGCGACGCGGGGAAGCUGUCCUUUUUCAACGUGUCCGACGGCUCGCACAUCUUCACCUUCACCGACAAGUUCUCGGGGGCGCUGUGCGCGUAUUUCAGGCCCAGAGCCCACGACGGCAGCGAACAUCCAGAUCCGCUCACCAUCUGCCCGUUGCCAGUUAGAGGGACCUGCGUCCCCGAAGAAGAGGAGGCCAGUGACGCCUAUAUACAACCCUAUGAGCCCUAGGACCCCGCCCUGGGCCUGUGGCGCGGCGCGCUCUCGUGACCGCAGGACCGGGUCCCCGGCGGCUUCCUGGAUGCCCGGCUCCUGCUUUGCCCUCCCGCUUCCUCUAGAGUAAGCAAACACGCCGACCCCAGUGUCUGCAUCGACAUCAAACUGCCAGCAAAGCCUCAGUGCAGCAGAAAAGGGGCAAAGGGUGACCUUUGCCUCUGUAGACUCGUGUGUGCACGUGUAUGAAUAUGAUUUUCUUAAAAAAAAACAACAACAAACAGGUAAUUCCAAAGCUCAUUUGUGUGUAUUGUAGGAUAGAGCAAAUGAGAGAGAAAAAAAAAGAUUCAUGUUGCCACGGUGUUCACUGUGGAAGAAGGGAAAGAAACCGAAAUGGGGCAAGCAGAGGAGAAACUUUAUUGGACAAGGGUAGAAGUAUCAGUUACUUUGUAUAUUUUAAUAUUUUUGUAUAUAUUUUCCAGCUCUAGGAAGGUCUAGGAACAACACCACCUCAUUCAUAAGCAAUGAGUUCACACAGGGCUCAGAUCCUAGUUUUCAAUGUCGAUUCCCACUGAAAUGAACUUGGAGAAAUGGUGAGUUCCGGGCAUGGAGCAGAGAAUGCACAGGUAAAUCUGGAACAUCUUCUGCCUAAUGUACAAAUGUGCUCAAAAACUGGUGGGGUCAUAGCAAGAAGGAGCUAGGUCGAAGCUGCUCAAUUCUGGGACAAUUUGAACAUUAAAAUGAAUAGUGACAAGAAUUGUUCAACAAGGAGUUGAUGAAAUAAGAAAAUUUACUAAGUGUGCUGAGAGGUUUCUUCAGUCAGAGAAAGGAAAUAAAAAAAAUACAGAAAGGGGAAAGGAGAGAAUGAAAGUAAUUGUGAACUCGUGGUUUUUACUAUGUAAUAAAUGGAACACACAUAUGAUAGAUAGAUAGAUAGAUAGAUAGAUAGAUAGAUAGAUAGAUAGAUAGAUAGAUAGAAAGGAAGAUAGUGUGUGCACAUAUGUAUAGUUCCUAGGUCUGUCUGCUUUGAAGGCUUAAAAUCAAUAACACCCCUAUAGCAAUGAGCACACCUGUCACCCAGAACUUGGUUUUUUUAGUACUAUUUACCACUAAAAGGAACCAAGACUACUUGGAGAAAUGGCGGAGUCCAGGGCUGGGGCAGGGAAAAUACAAGAUGGUUGUGAUAAUCUGAUUUAUAUUAAGAAGUAUUUAUUUGGUCUUCAAUCUAAAUUUUAGAACUGAGCUUCUAAACCCUUGGAAUUUCCUAAGUGAUAAGACUGAUAAGGGUGUCUUUGGAUAUUCAUAACAAGCCUCUUUUAACCACACCUGAGUUUAUGUUAAAUGAGAUAAUCUUGGAAAGCCAGUAAGGAAGGGACUGGUUUCCAGGGGAACCAGCUAUGUGAUCAGAGGGCUGUGAUUUAGCCCCAUCCCCAUCCCUUACCUUACGGAGGGGAGGGGGGCUGGAGUUCAGUCACCAUUGGAGUGCCAGUGAUUACAUAGGCAGUCAUGCCUAUGUAAUGAAGUCUUUCCAUAAAAACCCCAAAAGACUGGGUUCAGAGAGCUUUCAGGUUGGCGAACACUUGGAGAGGUGCUCAGAGAGAGCAGGGAAGCUCUGUGCCCCUUCCCGCAUACCUUCCUCUAUGUAUGUCUUCCGUCUGGUUCAUGAGCUCUAUCAUUUUAUAGUAAACCAGCUGUCUAGUUAGUAAACUCUUUUCCUGAGUUCUGUGAGCUGUUCUAACAAAUUAAUAGAAUCCAAGGCAAGGGUCUUGGGCAUCUCCAGUUUACAGUGGGUCAGCCAGAAGCACAGGCAACCUGGACUUGCAACUGGUCUGUGAGGAGAAGGGGGAGCCUUGUAGGACUGAGCCCUUAACCUGUGGGAUCUGACACUAUCUCUAGGUAAAUGGUGUCAGAAUUGAGUUAACAGCUUGAAGGUGUUGAAAAAAAAAAGAAAAAGAAAUACAGCAGAAGGGGUCUAAAAUAUCUUCUACUGCAAAGUACGGAAGUCCUCCAAGAAUGAUGGGGGGAUGUCAACUGGAGAGAAAAGCCAGCCUGAAGGGACUCCCACUGGCCAAAUUUGACCAUCAAAGUAAUUAAUGGCAGUUACAGAUUGAAUAAAAUAGGAAUCUACACUUAUGUAUAUCUACACUGAUAAGCAUAAAUAAAUGGGGGAGAGGAGAAAGUCUCAACACAAAAUACUACUUAUUUCAAAAGUACGAAACACAUCAGCUUUACAGUGAAGGAGCCUGGCAGACACCAUCUUAACCAAGUGACGACUUAACAUCACCAGAUAUGCCAUGAAUUUAUGUGAUGUGUCUCCUGAUACAGUGCAGUGAGAGGAAUACAACAGCAUAACUUUUGAGGUAUUCCUGCCCCCAAAGUUUAUGCAUCAGGAUGGAACAUUGGACAAACCAGCUGAUACUCUUCAAAAAGGUCAAGGUCAGAAAAAAAAAAAAGAUAAAUUAAGACUAAGAAAUUGUUUCCAACUGAAGGAGACUAUGACAAACAAAUGUUAUAGGUGACACUGGGUGAGAUUCUAGACCUACCAAAGAUAUUAUUUGGAGAAAAAAGAGACACUUGGAAAAAAUACCUCUGGAUCAGAUAGUAGCGUUGGAUAAACGUUAAUUUCCUGAUUUUGAUGUGGAAGAAUGUUCUUCUUUUAAGAAAAUAUACACUUAUGUGUUAAGGAGUAAUGGGAUAUGAUGGUCAUUUUCAAAUGGCUUAUUCAAAAAUAUAGUAAUACAUGGAGUGAAUGAUAAAGGAAUACAGAGGUGUCUGAUAAAUAGUUAAUAACUGACUUUCUGGGGGAAAAAAAUCUGCAGUGUUUGCUAACUUCCGUGGUGCAAAUAGUCCCACUGUGGCUGAUUUCAAGUUGCAGAUGUGACUUCACUGAUGGAGUUGGGAAAAGAUCCCCUCGAUAGGCUGUCAUGGGACGUCAGCUCCGGCGCGUCACUGGGUUUAUAGCUUCACAUAGGGUAUUUGAUCUAUUGCGAUUUCUCCACCAAAUCAAAUACGUGCAUUUUUUGAGCUUAUGAAGGUAUGCUUGGCCACCUGUGAUGAUAAAAUGAUCGCCUUAUUUACGUACCAUGAAUGAUAUUCAGAAAAAGGAAGUUUUAUUUUCUAUAACCAUUCACAUUGUGUGCAGAUAUUUUAGGAUCCAAGUCACAAAUGCUUUUGUGGUAACAUCUAAAAAUAUGUUCCUUGACCAUAUGUAACCAUGAUCUAUUCCUUUAAGAUUUGUGUGUAUUAAAGAAUAAAAGCGAAUA